UAGCCCUGAUCGAUCCGUUCCGCCAAACUACAUUCAGAAAGGUCGCGGUUUAAAGGUGGCUUGCUUGGCGGUUAGCGAACAGACCUGCCAGAGCAUAAAUGGGAUCUUUUUACAAAUCGUCAUCGCUCUGUAGUUAUUUCGGCACACUUUUGAUUCGUUAAUUGCAAUUCAAUUUCAAUAAAAUCUUAAUUUAUUCUUGGCUCUUACCGCUGGAGAAAGCUAGAUUAAUUUGCCGACCUGUAGGAGUAGCAAGAUAUAGAAGCGGUACUACAAGUUAAUAUUGUUUGUUAUAUGUGUGCUAAUUGUUUCCCGGGUCGAAGAAUAAAUUAUACAAAUUAAGGUCUUAAGUUUAAGGCCUUCAGUUGUCGUUUGUUAAGUGUGCACUUGGGCCAGAACCGACACCGCAUCAAAUCAACUGAUUUUUGACCGGAGUUUGGCGUGAGGGUCUUUGUGACGACUGAGCCGCCAUGAAGGCCGCAGGCAGGCUGAGCUUCAGCAACAUCACCGCCCUGGCUCCGAUGGUCCGGGUGGGGACUCUGCCCAUGAGGCUGCUGGCUCUGGACUACGGAGCUGAUGUGGUUUACUGUGAGGAGUUGAUCGACAUCAAAAUGGCCCAGUGUCAGAGAGUGGUGAACGAGGUGCUGGAGACGGUGGAUUUUGUUGCCCCAGAUGAUCGAGUGAUGUUCAGGACCUGUGAGAGGGAGAAGGACAGAGUCGUCUUCCAGAUGGGAACUGCUGACCCAGACAGAGCGCUGACCGUGGCCCGGCUUGUGGAGAAGGACGUGGCUGCUAUCGAUGUGAAUAUGGGCUGUCCAAAAGAGUACUCCACCAAGGGCGGGAUGGGAGCUGCUCUUCUGUCAGAUCCUGACAAGAUCGAGGCGAUCCUCAAGAAGCUGGUCACCGGAGUUUCCAUACCCGUCACCUGUAAAAUCCGAAUCCUGCCUUCGUUGGAGGAGACAGUCAGUCUGGUCCAGAGGAUUGAGAAGACCGGCGUCGCUGCUGUCGCUGUUCACGGCAGGUUGAAGGAGGAGCGUCCCAGACACCCCGUCCACUGCGAUUACAUUCAGGCCGUCGCUCGGGCGAUUUCCAUCCCCGUCAUCGCCAAUGGAGGUUCUCUGGAUCUGGUGAAGACAAACGCCGACAUCGAGGAGUUCAGGAAGGCGACGGGCGCCUCGUCGGUCAUGCUGGCCCGUGCCGCCAUGUGGAACGCAUCGGUGUUCAGCAGCCAGGGACCACUUCCUUUAGAGAAGGUCAUGGAGGAAUACCUCAAAUAUGCGAUCCGAUACGACAACCACGCGUUCAACUCAAAGUACUGUCUGUGCCAGAUGCUGAGAGACAAGGUGGAGUCUCCUCUGGGGAAGCAGGUGCAGGUGGCUCAGACCAACGCUGAGAUCAGCGAGGCGUACGGGCUGCAGGAGUUGUACCAGCAGACGCAGGAACGGCUGCAGGCCAGGAGGGACGCCCUGCAGAGCAGCAGCCAGCCGGAGCGACUCGUAAUGGACGGAGACGUCACCACCAUGGCUGUCAAGUUUGAGCGGAGGGAGUAUCCGCCUCACAUCACUCCAAAGAUGUUCCUGCUUGAGUGGAGCCGCAAGGAGAAACUGGAGCAGCCGCUUUAUGAGACGGUGCAGCGCUUGCAGGAUCGAGCCUUUCAGUCCAUCGUGACUGUAGCAGAGAAGAAAUACAGAUCUUCACUGUGGGAGAAGUCGAAGAAAUUUGCCGAACAAGCGGCCGCCAUCGUCUGUCUGCGAGUCCUGGGAAUACCGGAGGGUCGUAUCGGCGAGGCAGACUCCGGCCUGGUCUGCAAGAGGAAGAGGGAGGGGAAGAUGAACGGCGCCGCAGAGGAAGAGGGGAGCAACAAACGACAUGUAGCGGAUAUCCGACAGGAAACGGACACCUCAAAGACUGCUGCUGUGGCCAAUGGUGACCUUCGCAAACCAGACACGCCUCCAGAGCGACCGUAGCGCCAGCGAACAGUCAGAAACGUCUCUUUUAGUUUAAACCGGAGGAUAAAAAGCUUCUCUCGGACGUUUGUGUGAACCGGAAGAACAAAUCUGAAGCUGCUGGAAGUUUUAAAAAGCAGCCUUUAUUGGUGUUGAAGCUCAUCACUUCGUUUCUGAUGAUCCUAAAAAUUAACUCUUAAUUUAGAUGAUUUGCUCUCAAACGCAAACCGCAGCUGCUCGACUCUCUUUAAGGUUUUUCAGUUAGUUUUUUUUUUUUUUUUUUCUUUCAUCGCUUCAGUCAGAACCGGUUUUCACACGUUCAAACUGGGUUUUGCCCAGUGCAAAUACAGUCUUCCACUGGGUCGGAUGGGAGAGAGUCUUCAUCAUCGUUAUCAUGGACAUUUUUCUUUGGAUAAAAUCCCCGUUUUAACCUGGUAACUGAAGAGGUUCAGAUGUGGAUUUGCAGCCAGUAGGGGGCAGUGCUGAACCUUCAUAUUGAGGUUUCAUCAUUUAAGAUAUUUCAGAAAAACACUACUCAUUUGAACCUUGGUGCCUUACAGAAGAACCUUUUUUUUUUUUUUUGGAUGGGCCUUUAAACUCAUUAUUUUGUUUCCUGAUUGCAUCUUUUACUCUGUUGAACACGCCUCAUGUUGGAUUAAAAGAGUUUAACUGUCGUCAUCAACAUUCA